CAUAAGUAUCAUUCAAAAUAUUAUAUGAUAUUCAUUCAUUCAACAAAAAAACGGCUCAAAAAUCAAAUCAACAACAAACGUCAAGUGUGGAAAAAAGAUGGCCAUGGAAAAACAUUUAAUGGUUAAUCAACUUAAAAUGACGGUCACUAAUAAUAAUAAUAAUAAUAAUACGAUAGCUAAUGAAAAUUGUUAUGUAACACAAACACCGUGUACAAUACUUGAAUCAUUGCCUUAUUAUUAUGGAUGUAUAACACGUGAAGAUACUGAAUGGAUAUUAUAUGAUGAAGGUUGUCCAGAUGGAAUGUAUUUACUUAGAGAAUCGGGAAAUGAUUUUGUAUUAUCACUUUGUCAUCAUAAUAGUGUUCUACAUUAUAGAAUCAACAAAUUAUCUAACGGUAAUGUUGUAUUACAAGGUCUACCAAAUCAAACAUUUCAAUCACCAAUGGAAUUAAUCGAAACAGUUGAUGGUUUAGCAUGUAAACCAACAAUACCAUUACGUGCACUAUUUGGUAAAUGUUUACCAUCAACACAUUGGAAAAUGAAUCCCGAUACAAUACGUGAACAAUUAUUACAACGUGCACCAAAUUGGGGUUUAACUGUUGAAGAAAUGCGUGAAAACAUUGACUGUGAUCUACAUUUUUCGCCAACAUUUUCACCAUUAAUACGUUCACUAAUUAUUAAAUCAAUGCAUGAAUUACAACCAUGGUAUCAUUUUCGAUUAUCACGUUUAGAAGCUGAAAAACGUAUUGAAUCUAGUGGCCAUUUGGAUGGAAAAUUUCUUGUACGCGAACGAGAUGAAUCAUCAUAUGCAAUUUGUCUAUCACAUGAUUCAAAAGUUAAACAUUAUCGUAUCGAUAUAUUACCAUCAGGAAAUUUUGCUAUACAAGAUGGACCAAAAUUUGAAAGUAUUAUAGCGCUUAUAUCACAUUAUACAAUAUUUUCCGGUGGACUAUGGUGUAUGCUUGGUGAUGGUUGUCCACGACCACAAGAAAUAAUACGACAAUAUGCUGAACAAAGUAAUGCACAAAUAUCAUUAAUACAACAGAAUAGUAAUCAUCAUCAUAAUCAACAUCAACAUCAUCAUAGUAUAUCAUCGAUACCAUAUCAGGUAUCAUCAUCAAAUCAUAAUCAACAUUCAUUACAGAAUCAUCUUGUAUUCACUAUACAUCGUCAUAAAAAUGAUAAUAAUAAUAAAUCAUCAUUUGAUGAUUAUUAUUAUAAUUCUAAAUGUAAAACAUGUUUACAAUUACAAUUUCCAUCAAAUAGACAUCAUCAUCAUCAUCAUAGACAACGUCGUGUUUCAACACCAACAAAUUUAAAAUUAAAAGAAUGGUUUACAACUAUAAAUCAUAAAUGGGCACGUAUUAAACGACAAGUUAUAUUACAUCAUCAAAGACAACAACCAUUGAUUAAUGAAGAUAAUUAUGGAACAAAUGAAAUGACCUGUUGUCAUGUGAGUAAAGUUACAAAAAAUGCUAAAACAAGAAAUCUACAAGAAUUAUUAAAUGGUCAUAAUGAAUCAUAUCGAUCACCAACAACAAAUCUAAAUAUUCAUUGUAAAUGUCUUCCUAGUCAACGUUAUUGUAUGAUGAAUGGUUAUGGUACAACUUCAACACGUUAUCAACAUCGUAAACAACAAUUUGGUCGUUGGCAUGAAGAACCAGCAUUCGGUAGCCGUUAUGCAUUUGAUAAUGAAACUUCAUUCAAUAAUAAUAAUGAUAAUAAUAAUAGACAAACUAAUUCGGUUACAAAUACACCAAGUGCAAAAACAAAAUUAACUUCUACCACCAAUCAAAAUGAUAUAAAUAUUAAUUCAAAAUCAACACAAGCUAAUAAUGAUAAUGAUGAUAUGGUUAAUGAUGAUGAUGAUGAUAAUGUUAAUAAUAAUGAUAAUGAUGAACGAAUAACAAUAACCAAUAAUAGGAAUCAUAUUCAUCAUAAAUCUCUUAUAAAAUCAUCUUCAAUCGAUACCAUAGCGGCCUUCUUUAAUGAUCCAAUCGAAGAGAUUCGUCGUUUACAUUUCCGACCAUCAUUUGAUGAUCAUCAAACAACAAACGACAAUUCAUUGAUGAAUCAAACAACUAUGGUCAAUGGAUUCAAUGAAAAUGAUAUAUCCAAUCAAUUUGAUUCUGAUUGUUUUAAUAUUUCAAAUUUUAAUAAUAAACCAUUAUUACAACGUGCCAAUUCAUUUGAUGAUCAUCAUCAUCAAUGUCAUUGUAAUUGUUCAGAUUGGUUACUUGAUAUUGAUACUGAUGAUUUAAAUGAUCCAUUUCAAAGUUUACCUAUAACUAUUAUGGCUAAAAAUGAUUGUAAUCAAACAAAUAAUGAUAAUGAUACAGCAAUGAAUGAAUUACAAACAGUUUUUAAUUCUUCUUCAACAUCUACGACAACAACAACAAAUCAAUCCGAUCAUAAUAAUAAACAGAUUAUGUUCAAUGGUUUUAAUCAUCAGCAGCAACAGCAACAACAACAACAAUCAUCGUUAACAAAUAAUUUUAUAUCAUCUUCAUCAUUGAAUAAUAAUAAUAAUAACCAUACAAUCAUGAAUGGUGGAAUGAAUUUCAUACAAAAUUCAAGCAUGAAUGGAUUUCAAUCUUUAAAUAAUAACAAUAAUAACAACAGUAACAAUAUUAUUGGCCAUACUUUAACACAACAAUCAAAACAACAAUUUACUAAUCUUAACGGUCCACUUGUUUCAGCUGUAGAUUCAUCGAAUCAUCAUCAUCAUCAUCAUAAUAAUCAUAAUCAUCGUGAAUUAACGACAAAACAAGAUAAUAAUAAUAAUAAUAAUGUCGGUAAAAAUUGCUCAACAUUAAGCGGUACUACAAGUAGCGGAAGUAGUAGCAGUAGUAUGAGUACAAAUAGUAAUAAUAGUAGCGGUAGCGGUAGUGGCCGUUUUUAUAAUCGAUCGUUUGGUCCAACAACUGUACCAUCAUUGUCAACAACAACAACAACAGCGAUGAUAAUGGUAAAAUCAUCUCAAAAAGAUAACGGUGUUGAAAAUUCUAUUCAUCACAAUAAUGAUAACAAUAAUGGUCACUUAUCAUUUCAUUCUACUUCAAUAAAUCUUAAUAAUAAUAAUAAUAAUGAUAAUCAACAUUCAAGUUGUUCAUCAAAAUCAUCAUCUUCAACAGUAACAACAGCAACAACGAUAACUUCAGAUGUUGUAUUAACAUCAUCAUCAUCCACCAUUCAGCCAUUAUCAAUUUCUCAAUGCUGCAACGAUUCUACGGGUACAACAAAUUUAUCCACUACUAACAAUAUCAAGAGCAAUUCAACACAAUCAACUUCAAUCUCAACAAUGUCAUCAUCAUCAUCGGCAACAACAACAACAACGAUAAUGUCAACAAUUUUAAAUCAUCAUCAACAACAGAAUCGUCCACCAAUAAUUGAUCUACUUAAAGAAUUUGAUGUAUGUUUUGAUAAUCAUGAUCAAUUGGAUGAUGAUAGUUCAACAUUAACUGAUAAUUCUUCAACGCAUUCAUCAAAUUCCCCACCAAAACAAAAUGUCCAUAAUGAAACAACAACAACAACAACAAUAGCAAAUUGUAGUAAAAAUAUUCCAACAUCAACAUCAUCAAUCUUACAUACAAAUGAUUCCAAUUUUUUUCAACAACAACAAAAACAACAUAAAUCAUAUCAUCAUAUAUCAUCAUUACCUCCACCAACUAUUUCUCCACCACCACCACCGCCUUUAUCCAGUUGUAUUGAAACACCAGUAUGGCCUGAUAAUAAUAUUAUUAGUGAAUCAUCAUCAUCAACAUCGUCGUCAUCAUCAUCAUCGUCAUCAAUAAAUCCUUCCAAUAUUAAUUCAUGCAUUAGCCAACAAGUGCCCUUGGGUGAUAAUAAUGAUAAUAAAGAAAAUAAUGAAACUACUAUUUCUACUAAUCAACAAUGCCUUAAAGACAUUGAAUUAAUAUGCUUGAAUGAAGUGAUUGACGAAGUUCAAGAAACAAUACAAAAAUGUAAACGUGGCCCAAUUUGUUUUGAUCCUCGUUGUAUUACAUUGAAACGAAGAAUAGGAAAUGGUUAUUUUGGUGAUGUUUUUCUGGCUACUAUUCCAUCAUUACAUGGUUCAUCGAAUAUAAAUUUAGCCGUUAAAAUGCUUAAAAGUCAUGCCGUUCCACAGCAAAAGGCUGAAAUACUUCGUGAAGCACAAACAAUGGCUAAACUUGACCAUCGACAUAUUGUUCGUUUGAUCGGUGUAUGCGAGAAUGAUCCAUUUAUGUUAGUGAUGGAAUUAGCACCUUUAGGACCAUUGAAUAAAUAUCUACAAAAUCAUGGCCAAAAUAUGACCGAUACUGAUAUUUUACGUUUAUUGCUUCAGGUAGCUAAAGCAAUGCAAUAUCUUGAAGAUGUAAACUAUGUACAUAGAGAUUUGGCCGCUCGUAAUAUUCUAUUAGUUAAUGAAAAAUUUGCCAAAGUAAGCGAUUUUGGUAUGUCACGUGCCCUUGGCCAAGGUAAAGAUUAUUAUAAAGCUCGUUCAGCAUCAAAAUGGCCACUCAAAUGGUAUGCACCUGAAUGCAUCUAUUAUUAUAAAUUCAGUUCAAAAUCGGAUGUUUGGAGUUUUGGUGUAGCAUUAUGGGAAGCAAUGUCUCGAGGUGAAAUGCCUUAUCAGGGCAUGGAUGGGCAAGACAUUCUACGAAUGUUCAAUGAAAAUCGACGUCUGCCUAAACCAGAGAAUUGUUCUGUCAUCAUCUAUCAAAUUAUGUGGAGUUGUUGGCAAUUCAAGCCUGAAGAUCGUUUAAAUUUUGCCAACAUUGUCGAUCAAUUGAUGCAUUAUCUUGAUGGAAAAUGAAAAUAAAAAUGCCUUCCUUUUCUUUUCUUUUUUGUUAACUCAUUUUUUUUCAUUGCAUUACUAUAGUCUCA